CCACAUUUUGGGCCAUACGUAACUACGCAUAGCUUUUAUCAACAGCAGCUAUACGCGAACUACACUACAGUCUACUAGGUGAAGUAAAGCAAUGCUUUCCCCGCGGAUGGUUCGCUUUUCUACAGUCGCCCGUGUCCUUCUUCCAGUCUUAGUCGUGUCCACAUUUGUCAUUGGUUGUAGCCUCGUGGCGAACCUCAUGUCGCCAACGUCUCAGCAAAUGCUAACUGCACGUCCGUGUUGCGAGCAACAGCUGCAGCCGAUGGCAUCAGACGCAAUCCGAAAUCUAAUUCUGGAAAAAGAAAUACUACAAUCAAAACUCAAUGAAUUUCUAAAUGAAGGUAGGAAGAGUUUCCUCUUGAAAAGUGCCAAAUUUCUGAGACGAGAAAACCUGAAAUUACUUGCCAAAUUGAAAGUGUACGAACAAGAGAGACGGCGCAAGGCGGAACAGAGUACAAUCGCAUCGAGCGAAACAUUGGUUGGCGAAACCAAUCUUUCUCAAAUCAAAAAAGUGACAGUUAAUCGAGAUUUUUUCGAUUACAUAUCAAAUUGUUUGCGGGACUCUCCUUAUGCUGGCGUGGAGAAUUACACCCGCUACGCAGUGGCUCGAUUAGGUCUUGCGCCAUUGACGAAUGUCGAACCGCUUCUACCUGAAUUCGGACCGGUGAUAAACGAUGUUCUUUCUUUCCGAUAUCCCAUCUCUGUUGCUGCGUCGUGCCCAUCAGCAGCUUUGAGUGGCAAGUCAACUGUCUUCAUAGCCGUCAUAUCGGCCACGAUGAAUUUCCAUCAGCGAACGACGAUUCGACGGACGUGGAAGAGUCACGUUCAAGCCGUGCAUCGAAACGGUCCGUUGGCAAUAGCCGGUUUCGCUUUUAUUUUGGGGCUUUCGGAGGAUGACGGGACGCAACGUCGAAUUGAAGAAGAGAGUCAGUUAUACGGCGACGUUAUCCAGAUUGGGAUGUCGGAUUUCUACAGAAACUUGCCGCUAAAAAUAGCUGGCCUGCUCAACUGGCUGCGCAGCCAUUGUGCUGGCGAAAUUGACUUUCUUCUUAAAGUCGAUGACGACGUCUACGUCAAUGUGAGUAAUCUCGCCCAUUUCGUUCGUUCCUAUCGUCAUUCCAACAUGUCGGUCUUCGGUUCCGGUACGCCAAUUAAGGGUCACGCUUAUCGAGAAGGGAAAUGGCAAAUCUCGUACGCAGAAUGGCCGUGGAUUGAGUAUCCUCCCUACAUUUUAGGGGCAAUUUCGUUAAUAUCAGGAAGUUCAAUCCUCCCGUUAUUAGCUGCCUGUCAAACGACGCCCAUGCUGCCAUUUGAAGAUGUCUACUUUUUCGGACUGUGCGUGGAGAAAGCCGGCAUCAAGACCCUUCAUUUAUCAGAUCGAACUGGGCCUUUCCGACGCUCAGUGCACCAUACUCCCACGGUGUGCGACGUGAACGCCAUGGUUGCUUGGCGUAUGAAUGAUGCAGGUGUCACCAAGCUACGGGAAUUGAUGGAAUCAUCCCAUCAGGUGGCAGAGGAUGUCUACACAAAUAAGACCCAGUGUAUCGUGGUGAAUGGAACAAGAAGAUCAUUCGACCACACUGAACCAGUCGUCCAAUAAUUUAACUUAACGAUUUAGUUUUGGAUGACAUUAUGUUAUUGUUACGUACAGAAAAGAAAUGCAAACAGCCCAUCUUCGUUUUCAUUCUUACAUCGAAUCGUUUGUGUCGGCCACCGGUGAAUAAGAAAAUAUAUCAUUCCUCUUUGUUUGA